UAUGAAGUCCUAGAGCAGGCACUAAUGGAAGGCCCUUUGCAAACCUCCAUUCAUGUGUGCCGUGAAAAUGGUCAAUGGAUGUCACGAUUACCAGAGAAGCUCUGGGAUAUUCCCCUCUAUUACUUAGCUCUUCCAGGGAGUCACGACACUAUGACCUACUGCCUGGAUAAAAACUCUGCUGUUAGUGGCAACGAAUCCAAGCUGGUGAAGUUCUUAAACAAAUGCAUGCCCUGCAUUGUGCACCCCAUUAUCAUGAAGUGGUCUACAACACAGGUACUGACUGUGACGGAGCAGCUUGAGGCUGGAAUUAGAUACCUGGAUUUCAGGAUUGCCCACAAGGCUAACGAUCCAUCUAUGAAUUUGUACUUCGUGCAUAUGGUUUACACAACCGUGACUGUACAGGAUAUUCUGUGGGAAGUGUUAAGGUGGUUGGAAACUCAUCCUCAGGAAGUUGUUAUCUUAGCCUGCAGGAAUUUUGAUGGAUUAACCGAAAAACUUCAUUGUCAUCUUAUUGCCUGUAUAAAAGAGAUUUUCCAGUGUAAACUGUGUCCCAGAAAUGUGGUGCCGACGCUGCGGACCAUGUGGCAGCGUGGCCAUCAGCUUAUAGUCUCGUACGAAGAGGACGUGGAAGUGGAGGAGCACUGCGAGCUGUGGCCCGCGAUCCCGUACUGGUGGGGAAACAAAACCGCCACCCGCGCUCUUAUCCAUUACUUAGAGCGCAUGAAGCGGAUGGGCCGUCCAGAAAAAUUCUUUGUAGCGGGGAUUAACCUUACGGAAAAUUUAAGGUAUAUUCUCGUACACCCAUUUGGAUCGUUGAAGAAGAUGACACUCCAGAGUCUCCCAUGCUUGAAAAUCUGGAUAAAGCAGCAGUAUCCAGGACAAAAAAAAGAUUGUAUUAACAUCAUUGCUGGAGACUUCAUAGAAAACGAUGAUUUUGUCAAAGAUGUGAUAGAACUUAACACAAAAAUUAAUCCUCCAUUACACUGUCAAAGUAAAGGGGCUGGAACAAAUAGCAUUUCACUCUGA